AUGCCAUGCAAGAAAGCUGACGCAAAAUCGGUUGCCAGGAAAGGCAAGUUGGAGGAGACAGGGAAGGGACUUAAGAACACUAAAAAGGUAGAAAAGGAUGACAAGAAAAGAGCAAAGAAAGUGGAGGCAGCCAAGGGAAAGGGUAAAGACUGUGGGAAGAAAGGAAAGGGAAAUAAACCUGUCAGUGAGUCAGAGGAAGAAUCUGAGGAAGAAGAAGAGAAGUUGAGUGAGAAAUCAGAUAGUGAUGAGAGUGAAGAAGUAGUGGUUGCUAAGGUGAAAGCUCCCCUUGAUUUAAAUAAAGGUAAAGCGGUUGUUAAAAAUACAUAUAAAGUAACAGUUCUAAAGGCUUCUCAGCCUCCCCCGGGUGAUUCACCUUCGUUGGAUGAUGAGGAUGAGGAGCUAGACAAGGAGGAGCCACAAGUGACAAAAAGGAUGGAUGCAAUCAACCUGAAAAAUAUGAGUGAUGGCCAAAUCAAGGGAGCAUCUAAAGUCCUGAUGGGCUUUGCUGCGGAGGGACAGAAAAACAUAGUUGCAGGAAAGUUGCAGAAGACAGCUGACGCCAAGUGUCACCUCAAAGGGGCGUCUAAAGUUAUCAGCGGCCUCACAGGAAAGGCCUCUCCAUUUAGUCUCCACACCAAACAAAAGCAGCCAGAGAAACCCAAACCAAAGAGGAGUCUGAGAAGCACAUCCACUCUUUUCAUACCUCUCUCCAAGAAAAGGGAGAAUCCAAUUGCUUCUGGUAAACCUCUUGUAAGCACCACUAAAGUUUUGAAUGGCCUUGGGCCUAAAUCCACCUCUGAGGAGCAAAAGCCAGGUCCCUCGGGUUUCAAACUUUUAAAAGGACUUGGGCCUAAAGACACCUCUGUUGAGCAAAAGCCUAGUCUGUCGGGUUCCAACCUAGGCAAUAAAAAAGAGAACAGUCCAGGCAAUUCCACUCCUCCUCCUCCCCCCAAAAAGGCAGUAGACCUGUCCAGUUUAGGGGGGACGGAGAGUAUAGCUACAGAGGCAAAGGGAUUGGGAGCAAAGUUCAAAGGCAUGUUUGGCAAAAAGAAAGUAGGAUUAAGGUUCAAGACAAAAGGAUGGAUGCUAGCGAGGAUAGCUGCUGCAACCAACUGGUUGAUAGAAGGGUUGCCAAGUACCAAGGGUAGAGGUCAACUAGGGGCAUGGGCACACCGUCAAGGACGAAAACGACUGUCAUUUACAAACAGAGACAAAUUGGGUAGACGUCCUAAAUAUUACAACCACGCCUCUGAUUAUGACGAGGAGGAGUAUGAAUCUGAGGACGAUUACCACAAUGGGCAGCCAGAGGACUUUGAAUACUAUGAUGACGAUAAUGAGUGGGAAAAUGAGUAUGGUUACUAUGAUGAUGAUGGCAACUUUUAUCCUGAUGAUGAGUAUUAUGACGAUGGUGAUGUGGAUUACAACACUUACCCAUAUGACGAAUAUGAAGAUAAUGACAAUGAAGAGGUGGAGUAUUACUAUGGUGAUGAUGGAAAGCUCUAUGCUAUUGUGCAAGAGCCAUUUGGUUACUCCGACAAUGCCAUGGAAACUAUUUACAACCCAUAUGAGUCUGAGAUGUACGGAAAUUCUUACUUUGAUCAUAAUAUGGGUGAAGACUUAGUGAUCUCAGAGCAGUAUGGUAUGGCGAGUAAUAGGUAUGCUGCUCUCCCAGGCUUACCUGUGUAUCAAGAUUCAAUGCAGGGAUCUUUAGAUGUUGCUGGAGUUCAUAUCCCUUACCAGCAGCCAUACUAUGUUGAUGGUGGCCUGGCUCCAACAGAAACAGAACAUCUAUACAGACAGGAACAAAUCCCUUUUGCUAAUUCUAGUCCUGAGCAGUUCAGGGUCCCUAGGCCUCAGAUGUACUCAAUCAGAAGCCUGCCCACAGUAACUCACCGGGAGCAACGAGAGGAAGAUGGCAUUGAAGACAUGACAGAGCUUGAGGAGAUGCAAGAUGAUGCUGUUCUUCUUAAUCUAAAAACAAGGUUUGAACGGAAUCUUAUUUAUACCUAUAUAGGCAGUAUUCUGGUUUCUGUGAACCCUAAUAAGAUGUAUAACAUCUAUGGGACAGACAUGGAGUUGCAGUACAAGGGUCAUGCCCUGGGCGAGAACCCUCCACAUUUGUUUGCUAUAUCAAAUGCUGCUUAUACAAAAAUGGUGGAUGCCAAACAUAAUCAGGUCAUAAUUAUCAGUGGGGAGAGCGGGUCUGGGAAAACAGAGGCCACCAAACUUGUCCUUCGCUACCUUGUAGCUUUGCAUCACACAUGUGAUCUUGCCCAACAGAUACUUGAGGCAGCUCCUCUGCUGGAGUCAUUUGGAAAUGCCAAAACUGUACGGAAUGAUAAUUCCAGUCGCUUCGGGAAACACAUGGAGGUUUUUAUGGAGGAUGGUGUGAUCAGUGGUGCCAUAACUUCUCAGUAUCUUCUGGAAAAGUCUCGUAUCGUCUUCCAGGCCAAAGAUGAGAGGAACUAUCAUAUUUUCUAUGAGAUGCUGGCAGGUCUUCCUUCUCAGCAGAAGCAGACUUUCUAUCUCCAGGAGGCUGAGACCUACUAUUACCUCAACCAGGGAGGGGAUUGUGGGAUUACAGGAAAGGAUGAUGAAGAGGACUUCCAGCAUCUGCUUGUUGCCAUGGAGAUCCUUCACUUCACCUCAGACGACCAGUCGGCCAUUUUUAGAGUUUUGUCUUCCAUACUGCACUUGGGCAACGUCUACUUUGAGAAAUAUCAGGCUGACGGCCAGGAGGUGGCAACAGUGGUGAGCGCUCAAGAGAUCAGGGUAGUAGCAGAACUGUUACAGAUCUCUCCAGAUGGCCUGCAGAAAGCCAUCACUUACAAAGUCAUGGAGACGAUGAGAGACAAGAUAUACACGCCGCUGACUGUGGAAAGCGCUGUAGAUGCCAGAGAUGCGGUUGCCAAGAUCUUGUACUCGCUGCUCUUUCACUGGUUAACAGAGAGGGUCAACGCUCAGGUGUAUCCUCACCAACAUACUCUUUCCAUUUCCAUCCUGGACAUAUAUGGAUUUGAGGAUUUGGCAUACAACAGCUUCGAGCAGCUGUGCAUUAAUUAUGCCAACGAGUACCUGCAGUUCUUCUUUAACAAGAUCAUUUUCCGGGAAGAACAGGAGGAGUACAGCAGGGAGCAAAUUCCGUGGCAGGACAUUCCAUUUAAUGACAACCAGCCCUGCAUCGACCUCAUUGCCGCCAAGCCUCAUGGCAUACUGAGAAUCCUGGAUGACCAGAGCUGUUUCCCACAGGCGACAGAUCACACCUUUCUCCAAAAGUGUCACUAUCACCAUGGCAACAACCCAUUGUAUGUGAAGCCAAAGAUGCCCCUCCCUGAGUUCACUAUCAAGCAUUUUGCUGGACGUGUCACCUAUCAGGUUUACAAAUUCCUUGAUAAAAACUACGACCAGGUUCGUCAAGAUGUCCUGGACCUGUUCAUUCAGAGCAGGAACAAGAUGGUGUCAAACCUCUUCCUGGCUCACGCAGAGUUCCUGGGGCAGCAGAGAGGAGGUCACGUGAGGAAGAGCAGCACAGUCACCAGGAAAUACCAAGCAUCCACCGUCAGCAGCAAGUUCCAACAGUCCCUCCUGGAGCUGGUGGACAAGAUGGAGAGGUGCAAUCCAUUUUUUGUCCGCUGCAUUAAGCCCAAUAACAUGAAGCACGCAGGUGUGUUUGAGGUUGACCUGGUUAAAGGUCAACUGCGACACUCCGGCAUUAUGGAAACCAUCAGGAUCCGCAAAGAGGGAUAUCCUGUCAGGAUGCCAUUUUCUGUCUUCCUGUUCAGAUAUAAGUCCCUGGUGGGAAUUCAACAACUGCCAUUAGCCACUGGAGACCACUGUGUGCUGCUGCUCAGUAAACUGUGCCCUCUCAGACCAGGAGACUACCAUGUCGGGGUCACAAAGUUGUUUGUGAAGGAGGCGGUCUACCAGCUGUUGGAGUGUAAGCGGGAGCGCUGUCGCCAGUUUGCUGCACUCACCCUGCAGCGUAACGCUCGCAUGUACUUUGUCAGGAAACGCUACGUGGACCUCCGCAACAUGAUCAUCAGGCUACAGGCGUAUUGCAGAGGCUUUCUUACGAGACGGCACUAUGUGAAAAUGAGAGACAGCCUGGUUCGGUUCCAAUCCCUCAUCCACUGUCAUAUCAGCCAGAAACGAUAUGUCAAGAUGAAGUUGAUGGCCCAGAGGAAAGCUGAGGAGGAGAAGAAGAAGAAAGAAAUGGAGCUGAUGAAAAGAGAGGUGGUAAAUGUCACAAACUUGGUGAUCCCUGCACAGCUUGGUACUCUACUGCAAGCAGCAGGAGUCAGUGGUGAGUUGCACUCUGACUGCUUGGCCCUGCUUCAGGCUCCUCAUAUCCAAGAGUCCUCUUCCAAUCAACUCACUCUGCCUCUGGACAUCAACAACUACCCCUUCUAUCGUUACGUGCUCAGCUUCUUCAGAGAGCCCAAGUUUGGGAUGUUGCUGACACCCCUGGAGGCACCUCUGACAUGUAUAGAGGAGGACCUGAAAGAAGAAGCACUGCAGCUUUUCAACAUGGUGUUACGAUUCAUGGGGGACCCUCACCUGAACGGGGCACAGGAAAACAUGUUUGGCAAUUACAUCAUCCAAAGAGGUCUCUCAUCUCCGGGGUUGCGGGAUGAGAUCUUGGCUCAGGUGGUCAACCAGGUGUGGCGAAAUGUCAAUGAUGACAAUGCAGAGAGAGGCUGGCUUCUGUUGCUUGCAUGUGUCUGCAGCUUUGCUCCCUCACCGCAAAUGGACAGAUAUCUACUCAAGUUCGUUUCUGACCAUGCUGCCAUUGGUUGCCAAGCAUUGCUACAACAUAGUCUCAUGCAAGCCGGUCAGAAGAUGCAGCAGAGUUCAGGCCCCACCCUUGAGACCUCACGGACCUAUCCGCUGACACUGCUGGAGUGGACGGCCAACAGGAAAAAAGCUAACAUGGUGUUACAUGUGCAUUGUUUUGAUGGAGAGUCGUUCCUAUGUCCCGUCCACUCCUGGACCAGCGGCGAGGAUAUAUCGGGAGACAUCCUCCGCCACAGAGGUGUGUCAGAAUGGUGGAGAGGGAGUUCUAUCCUGAUGAAGGAGCACGGCCAGUGGGUGGAAUUAGCGGGUCACGACUACGUGAUGGACCAGAUUGCAGACCUGGAGCUUCCAAAUGACUUCCCAAAGCAGAAGAGCUACUUCAUCAUCAGUGCUGACAACCCCACUAGAGUCAGAGCCAACGCCAGCCUAACAUUAUUUGGUAGUGGCUUUGACUCAGAUGAUGAAUUUGUGCCUUCUCUUCCUCUAAGCGGAGACUGCAGACCAGCCUACAGCCUGUCUGAUUCUGACGGUUACCACAGCCACGUCGAGUCUGAUGCCUUCAGUGAUGGUCAGACUCAGAGAGGAAUGGACCGCUAUCUGGACAGCCUGUUCGAGCCCGUGCUGUCGGACAGCACAGUGACUGGAAGUUUGGCAGCAAGGAUUAAGGGAGGUGGAGGCAUCUCAGGAGGUGAAAGAAGAGAGGGGGAGAGUCAUCUGGUUCCAAGUAGAUCGUAUCCACCCGGAAUACACCCUGGAGGAACGGAGCAGGCCUUACUGACUCAACAGCAACAAGCCAUUAUCAACCAGCAAGCCAUCAUUCUGGCCCAGCAGAUGACCAUGCAGGCCAUUGCAAUCCAGCAGCAGAUGAUGUCCUCCUUCCCUGCCUCUCAGUCGCCGCCACUACAUUAUUACAUGCACUCACCGCAACAUUCUCGCACACCAAGCCCAACUCGAGAGCGAGAGGAUUCACCACCAAGGUCCAGCUCUCAGCACAAAAUGAGUCCAACACGUGACCCCCCUCCAGAGGAUGUGGUCCGUGCCAGUGUGAGUAACACCGAACGCAUAGAGCCCAGCCAUGAUAUCAAAGACAUCAUCAAACAGCACCAACCUGCCUGCAUGACUCCCUCUGGCUCUUCCAUCAGACGGAAAGAUGAGGGAAAGGUUUUUAUGAAGAAGCCAGACCCCCAUGAUGAAGCCAUGGAGAUCCUUAAAGACCAAAUGACUCAGAAGAAGUCUCAGUCUUUUCAUCACAAAGAGGAGAGAGGAGACACCAAAAUAACCAAGCCUGUUGAACCAACUGACUCCAACAUUGGCCACGCUCCUCCUUCAAUUUGCAGAGAGUUGCCAGUCGAAAAUGAGGUCAUCCAGACUCAACUCCACAGCAGGACCAGCGAUGAAUAUUACACCUACACCAAUGUCCCUUGGAAACUUUACCUGAGGAAGGAGGUGUUUUAUCCUAAAGAGAACCUCAAUGAUCCGCUGAUGUUGGACCUGGUCUUCAGACAGGUGGUACAUGACACAUUCUCUGAGGCCUGCAUUCGUAUCACCCAAGAAGAGAGACAAAAGAUGAAAACUCUUUUCGUUGAAAACCAGGUGGAUCAGGUUGUAGGAACUCACAAUGAGAAUGUGAAGAAGAAGGUGGUUUCCAUGGCAAGAGACUCAUGGGAGAUCUACUUCUCUCGCCUUUUCCCAGCCUCUGGCAGUGUGGGGACGGGAGUGCAGGUGUUGUCUGUGUCACAAAAAGGCAUUAAACUGCUUAAGUUGGUGAGGAGCAGUUCCACUGGCCCAGACUACUUCAGAGUACUGAGGCCUUACAGCUAUUCGGACAUCCUGUUCGUGUCCAUUCCAUCCAAAAACAUGUUGGAGUUCAAUCUGGUCAAUGAGAAGCUGAUUCUGUUUUCUGCUAGAGCCCACCAGGUCAAAUGUAUGAUCGACUACUUCCUCACAGAGAUUAAGAAGGAUUCGGAGUAUAUGGUGGCAGUGAGGAACUACAUCAAUGAGGACAGGAUGCUGCUGAGCUUCCACAAAGGCGAUAUCAUUAGACUACAGCACAUGGAGGGCCUGGAGGCAGGCAAAGGUUAUGGCUGCAUUGUGAAGAAAAACGUGAUGCUACUGGAAGAACUCAAGAGAGGCACCCCUGAUUUUGGCUGGCGAUUCGGGGCGGUGUGUGGGAUGUCUGGAGCGUUUCCCAUUGAACAUGUUCGACCUGUGGCUGCUCCAGACUUCCUGUUUCUCCCAACAGAGAGGGCGGAGCCUCGCGACAGACAAGGACGAGUCGCUGCCUCGGCUGCUGUUGCCGUUGCGAUGGGCUCAGCGGUCGCGGCCCAAGAGCUUGACCGCUCAACGGAAGUAGUGAAGGACACGUAUGUGGAGAGCCCAGAUGAGGAAUUAGAUGUUAUGUCGCAAUAUGCCGGCCAGUACCACAUGAUUGAGUUUGCCAAGAGGUACUUCAGAGCGGCACAGAGAAACAGGAAUGAUCCAAAAGCCAAAAGGGGGAGAGAGGGCAGGGAUCCCGUCGAUAUGAUCAAAUUCUCUAAGUCUCCACUCCACGGGUCUCUGAUUGACUUCUCAGACAGUGGAAUGAACAAAGUGGCUUCUGACAUCUCCUCAGCCAUAAUGAAGUUCAUGGGAGACCUACCACUGAAAGGUCAGACUGAACAGGACCUUGUCAACAUAAUACUGAAGUUAAGUGCUGAUCAUGGCCUGAUUAAAGAUGAAGCCUAUUGCCAGGUGAUGAAGCAAGUCACUGCCAACAACAGUUCCAAACCAGAUAGUUGCCAGAGGGGAUGGAGGCUGUUGUACAUCCUGACUGCUUUCCAUCGCUGUUCACAUGUUAUGAAGCCAUUCCUCUUCAGCUUUCUACACGACGCCUGUGUCAGCAUUGGUCUGCAGUACCAAGGUAUUGCUAAGGCAUGUGAGCAGAAUCUGAGGAAAACAUUUCAGUAUGGAGGGCGUGUACAGUACCCCAACAGCAUGGAACUGAAAGCAAUGAUUGCAGGGCGGAGCUCCAAAAGACAACUGUUCCUGCUGCCAGGUGGGAUGGAAAGGCACUUGAAAAUCAAAACAUGCUCUGUCGCUUUGGAUGCCAUUGAGGAGCUUUGUUGUGAAAUGGACCUACACAGAGUGGAAGCUUUGGAUGAAUAUGCUAUCUUUUUGGUCACACACAAAGGUCAAAAUGUUCGUCCUCUGAUCAAGAGGGAAUACAUCUUGGAUGUUGCUACAGAAGCAGAACCAAUAGAUGCCAAUUACAGUCUUUGGUUUCGAAGAGUCAUCUGGAGCCUUGCUUUGAAACUUGAUAAUGAACUCUAUGUUACCAUGCAUUAUAACCAGGUAUUGCCAGAUUACUUGAAGGCCUUUCUGAGUGUGGUCCCUCUCAGUAAGGCCACUGAACAGCAUCUGCAACAGCUUGCCAGACUGGCUGCUCUACAGCACCGUGCCAAAGACGCUGUCUGUCUGCCCACUUUACGUGAGUUGCAGGAGUGUGUCCCCCCACAGUUCUACAGCAAACAGAAUCCACAGCAGUGGCUCAAUAUGGCAACUCAACAUAUGCAACAAGUCCAGCCUCUAAACCCACAUCAGGCCCGUGCACAAUUCCUUGGUCUGGUGAGUCCUUUUCCCAUGUUCGGCUCAUCCUUCUUCUACAUCCAGAGUUCCAGCUCGGCCUCUAUCAAGGCUCCAUGCAUCCUGGCGGUGAAUCUUAAUGGACUCCACUUUCUUGACAAAGACACUCACGAGGCCAUGGUGCGUUUCCCUUUAAAGGAGGUCCAGUCAACCCGCACCCAGAGACCAACAUCAGGCUCAAGUUACCCAUACGUUGAGAUAAUGAUUGGAGAUGUGCUCAACCAACGCAUCACACAGCUUCAGCUAGAGCAGAGUCUGGAGCUGUGUAGAGUGGUUGCCAUGCACAUGGAGAACAUGCUGUCUGUCAGAGAAAAGAGACUCACGUUGCCUCCAAGUGAAAUAACACUAUUAUAACAUACAAACAUUAUAAAGGGCCACACAUGUAAGGUGUAAUUUUGUGAGAGGAACUGAUUCUAUCAUUUCUUCUUGUGUGGACCAGCUAAAAUAUCCAUCCAAUAAAGGUGGGAUGUCAUGGGUAACUUAUGCCAUGCAAAGAUAGAAAGACGAGAUCAAACAUGGGAAACCCAUACACACGUAUACACCAUCCAUUAUUAUUAUUUUCAUGCCCCUUCAAUACAUGGCAUCUACCUCUGUUUUCUUAAUGGACUAUUUUUUUUUCUACUUCAAUGGUAAAAUGAUACCAUUCCAAUUCAACUUUGAUUAGCUUUACAAACAUUUGCAAUGGUGAAGAACUAAUAAAUAUAUGGAAACAAUCACUUCAGCACGGACUAACCCUUAUAAUUGCUAUUGUUUGGACCACUGCAUCUAAAAAAAUAGAAUUUGUCAGGUUCAAUGUUAUUUAAUCCCGUUAAUACUGUAAUUGCAUUAUUUUCUAUUGACGAAACAUUUGAGCGCUUCACACUUGAAUCCAUCCAUCCAUCUAUUUUCUGUACCGCUUUAUCCUCACAAGGGUCGCGGGGGUGCUGGAGCCUAUCCCAGCCAUCUUCGGGCGAGAGGUGGGGCACACCCUCAACUGGUUGCCAGCCAAUCGCAGGGCACAUAUAAACAAACAACCAUUCACAUACACAUUCACACCUAAGGGCAAUUUAGGAUCUUCUAUCAACCUACCAUGCAUGUUUUUGGCAUGUGGGAGGAAACCCACACAGGCACGGGGAGAACAUGCAAACUCCACACAGGCGGGGCCGGGAUUUGAACCCCGGUCCUCAGAACUGUGAGGCGGAUGUGCUAACCAGUCACUCACCGUGCCACUCACACUUGAAUAUAUAUAUAUAAAUAUAUAUUGAGCGGUGGUCAAACCACCCCCGAGCAUAUAUAUAUAUAUAUAUAUAUAUAUAUAUAUAAAAUGAAAAAACAGCCCCUGCACACCACACUACUACACAUCAAUGAGUCAAAUGUCUGUAGUAAACAUUGUGAAUCAAAAGUGGAAGUGAGACAGUGUCAGGAAGGUUCUUGUCAUAGAUUGAACUCCUUUUGGUGCGUCCCUGUUGACACAUAGUUGAUUUUUUGGAAACUGGGAUGAGUAGGACUUACUUUCAGAAGAACUGAAUGGUUUGACUGGCCUUGAUUACUGAGCGACUGAAUUUAACUUGCUAUAAUAUGCUCUUACAGUGAGUAAGGAGCUGUGCUGUGGUAGCUGCCAACUCUUGUUUUCCAUUUGUCCUUGCAGAAAUGAACGUGACGUGCAUUCCAAGUGUACUUGAAAAUAAUUUUUGCUUUUAAAAAAAUAGGAAGGAUGCUGCUGACACUAAAUUAAUACUUUUUACUCCCUGCCAUUACUUCAAAGGGAGAGACCAUUUUAACAUGCAUAUUUUGACAAUAUUUUCUGUAAAAUGCAAUUGUAAAUACUUAUUGUACAAAAUAAAUGCAUGUGAAUUCAUUCAAGUUUGUAGCAUGACUGAAUAAAAUGUGCAAACAUGUUUAUUUUAUUGCCUGUCUAAUGCCAAACAAUCCCAUUGAUGGACACCUCUGCAAAUGUUUAAUUAUUUUUAUUUUUUUUACCCAUUAAGGUUCUUGUAGUUAUGCAAGUAAGCAAACCAAGCAACCAACUAAAUAAUAGGCAUUCAUAGCAAAUGUAAUAAAGAGAAAUAGAUGAACAACUUGUACUAGCAUCCUAUUUAUAAUGCUGUGAAAAAGUGUUUGGCCUCUUCCUGAUUUCUAUUU